CGCUAUCGCCAGUUGCUGUCGGGGCUGCGGGCAAAGGCCAUGGAUCUCUGUCAAUUCAGUAUCAUGUCCUCUUUGGACACGGUCAAGGUUGCGGCAGCAGUGGGUCAGAGGCAGACAGGCGGGAAGGUGCCAGAGAGCGCACACUGUAACGAUUCGGUGGUCACUACCAGUUUGCAAACUGCGGUCGAUUCAAGCAAGGAUGUGUCUCAAGGGGUAGGGCGAAUGCGAGAGGAGGAGGGACUGCCUGUUCUUCAUCAGGCUCCCACCUCACCGCAGAUGGAGCUUGCAUGCAAUCAGCAAAAUCAUUGUGCAGCAUCUGGCGAUAAUGACAACAGCGAUGAUCGUGAAAUUCUUCGUAGGGAAGCUGCGAAGCUCAUCAUUUUUGGAUUUGAUGGAACGUCAAUCAAUGAGCAUGCAAGGCGGAUGCUUGCUCUGGGUGUGGGAGGGGUGAUACUCUUCUCCAGAAACAUUGUUGACCCAGAGCAAGCUGCAGGCCUUUGUGCGGAGCUGAAGAGGAGAUCCUCCAACUCUCGGCUGCUUAUUAUGGUGGACCAGGAGGGCGGGAAAUCGUGCCAACUUCACCCCCAGUGCAAGUUCACGCCUUUGCCGACAGCCCGUGAAGUUGGGAGUACGAAAGACCCACAAGCAGCAGUGAAGGUUGCCACUGUCAUUGGGCGUGAGCUCCGCGCAAUCCACAUCGACGUGUGUCUCGGACCUGUCGUCGACAUCGACACAAACCCGGCGAAUCCGAUCAUCGCCGAGCGCUCGUACGGGAGAACCCCAGAGAUUGUCAGCUCCAUGAGCGAGGCGUUCAUUCGACAGCUUCAGUCCCAAGGAGUUGCAGGCUGCGCGAAGCACUACCCUGGACAUGGUGACACACCGGUAGAUAGUCAUGUAGAGCUGCCCACAGUCACACAUGGCCUCGAUCGUCUCAAUGGUGUCGAACUUGCACCAUUCAGGGUGGCUGUGCGUGCAGAUGUCGCAUCCAUAAUGGUGGCCCAUGUGGCAUUCCCUGCUCUGAGUUACUCUUGUCCCUCCCUUUUGUCAAGGGAGGAGAGAGAAAGGGAUGCAUCACUUCCGGCUUCCAUGAGCACCGGCGCUCUAAACUACCUUCGCAAUCAGCUCGGAUACUCAGGGUUGGUGCUCAGUGAUUGCUUGGAAAUGGGCGGCAUAACGCGCAGGUUUUCUGUUGCAGAAGCUGCAGUCGCAGGACUCAGAGCAGGCGUAGACAUGUUCCUGGUCUGCCACACUGAAGAGAGCCAGCGAUCGGCGAUCGACGCCAUAGUUGGGGCUGUGAAUGAUCAAUCGUUACCCUUGGAGAGACUGAGGGAGGCACGGAGCAGGGUAGAUGCCCUUCUGGAUCAGUACUCUGUGGCACCAUGGAAGGAGCAUCACCUAGAGGGAGCUGGCAAUGGGACUGGUGAGAAUUUUGACGGCGCUGAUCUAAGGAUCAAGAGAUCAUCGACCAUGGCUGGCAUGCGGACCUAGCACCAAUGAUGACCUCGUUCGCUAAACUCCAACCACCAAUUGUGCACUCCCAACUGAUUAUGAUGGCCCUCCCGAAAGAGAUUCUGCAUAGAUUCCACGCCACUUCUCAAUCACAAAACCUGAUAGAGACACUCACAUUUAGUGACUGGGCGAUUAUCAGUGCUAAAUACGAAACUGAGCCCGAGAGAAUGGAUAGAUUGAUUGACGCGUACGCACUAAACGCACCUGUGAUUGCGGCAUUCAACCGGAUCCACAACAGAGAUUUGAAAAGGGUCAUAAUCAAAGGAGAAAAGGCUAUUUUAGAUAAAUUCGGGUACAGCUC